AUGGGCAGACCUCAGGCUGUGAGGAUUAGCAAUAACAACUCCUCACUGUCUCCUGACAUUGUGGCUGCCCUGGGAGGGUCAGGAGCCGGCGGAGGGCCAGGAGCCGGCGCUGUGGUGUCCGGGACAGGAGAGGGCACCGGGGCGGCUGGGACAGCGGGAGGUGCUGGCGGCGUCAGCCGCUGGGCAGCGGGAGAUGCUGGCGGCGUCGGCCGCUGGGCAGUGGGAGAAGCUGGCUGUGACUCCAAGGCAGCAGGGGACGUGGCUGCGACUCCAAGGCAGCAGGGAACAGCCGGCGCCGUGAUGCAGGCACCGGACGUAGAGGGGGUGCUGUCAAGGCCCCCCUCGGGCACCCACUCAGACCCCCUAAAAAAUUUCUGGGGGUGCCUCUGGGUCUCUGUAACCCGAGGAGGCCUCUGUUCAGGAGGGAACCGCAAACCAGGCGUUGGACACCUCGCCCUGAGUUGCGGUGCUGCCUUCCUCUUUUUCGGCCUCCUCUCUUACGUCCCGUCCUUUCUGCCUCCUGCAUAUCCUGCAGGAGCCCUUUUACCAGCUCCUCCUGCUCCUUAG